AUGAUAUGUUUGUUUUUGUUUUCAGAGAGCCCAUCCAUAUCAUGUCAAAGGACUAGUCUACCUCCAUCCUUAUGGACAAACUCCUAUCAGUCGGCUCCAGCUUGCCUGGGUGGAGUUCAUCCAGACUUUGGCUCCACGACAGCCAGCACCCUCUCAACUACAGAGCACAGCAGCUGGCCCGGAGAUAACGUUCACCAGACUGUCCCACAUCCUCCUCCGGUGGUGACGGAGUCCUGGCACUAUCCACUGGCUUCACCAACGACAUCACCAUAUGCCCACAUGCAUGACAUUUACAUGUAUCGGCACCAUGCUCAUCCUCAUAUGCAUCACCAUCACCACCAUCAUCACCAUCCCAGUUCCCAUGUGGACCCACGGUACGGACCUCUUGUAAUGCCCUCGGUGCGAGCAGCCAGGAUUCCAGCAGCUCAAUGUGACGGAACUAAAGCUGAAGCCACAACCCCUACCAUGGCUACUCCAGCAUGGGCUGGGGCAUUCCAUGGCACUGUAGACAUUGUACCAAGUUUUGGCUUUGAGACGGGUAAUGGCUUUUCUGCCUAA